AUGUCAAAGAAGGACGCCUAUACUAAGAAAUACACACCAGAAGAAGAAUUGGAGUUGCUAUUUUCACUACCUAGCGAUCCUCAGGAUUCUGAAAUAGGAAGUGAUGAAGCACCAAAAGAUGAAUUUGUUCCUGACGUUUUCUGUGGACUUCACUUCGUGACUCAUGAUCGCACUAGCGGGGAAGUCCGUGAUAAACUUGGGAAGGAGGAAUACUGCCCUCCACUACGCAGUUGUGACACAUCGCCAUUGCCGUGCAGUGCGUACAUCAUCGCAGCGGAGGAGUUCUCAGCUAAAAUGAAAUCAUUCGUUUGGAUCGUCGCCUUUCUUCUUGUCAACACACUCCAAGGUGCAGAACAGCUCCCUAUCAUUGACGAUACUGCUCCAUAUUUUGAUGACUUCCCAGGUGGCGAGUCCACAGAUGCAGUUCCUUUAUAUGUAUCCACGUCAGAUGAAACCACUGCAAGAAACACACUGGAACCGAAGUUCAGUGAACCUAUCGAUGGGUCAGAUGUUUUGCAGAAGAGCGACUGUUCCCUGCCACCACCAUGAUGCAAGUCAACUGGUUCCGCAUCUGAAGAGGUUGAGUUUUUUCGGGUUACUACUCAGAAACCUUCGAAGAUUACCUCUCCGUCUGUUGAAACUGAUGGUACAACGUAUUUGCAUCUACAUACAUACAUAGAAAUUUGUUUCUUUUUCCUAGGAACUGCUUUUGUGUAUGAUGCGGCCAUAUCAAUAACGUACUUGAUUUUUUAUUUAAAGGAUUGGUGUUAUGGUGCAGAUAUUGAGAAUGAUUAAUAAAUCCAAGCAGUCUCUCAUCUUUUGCAUACAAUAUAUGGUGCUGAGCACAUAUAAACACACACCACAUUCUACUUUGGAUUUAUUGACAGAGUGUACACAGUUGGGAAAAUGAGAUUGGCCGUUAUCGACAGGAAUAAAUAUUAACCCAUU